AUGAUUAACCCAAAUUAGGAACGUAAAAGAAGGAGCCAACACCUCUCCCACAUUGCAUUGCUGGUUGGUUUCGUAGGGCCCUACGCACAAAACAUGAAAGGCGUGACGUGAGAUCAGUGAGAGAUCUGUGUGUCUCUGUGUGUUUGUGGGUGCGAUCUGUGUGAUUUGAAUCAUCUGAGUUCCAAUCCAAUACCGUUUUAGCUUAAAAUUUGCGUAGCGUGUGUGCAAAGCUCACUAUUCCUAAUCAUUCUUCUCUCGCCUUAGUUUUACCCUCCAAAACCUCUAUUCCAUUUCCAUUCUCCUUCCUUUGGUGCCAACAACAAUAACUCAAUUCCUUCUCCUCACCCAAUUCUUCACAGGCAGAAAAGGCAUUCGAAAAUGGAGCAGGAGAAGAUGAAGAGAGCAAGAGAAAGAGAUUAUGAUGAAACCGAGCCUCAAUCUCUUGAGGACAACAACAUCAACUAUAAUGCAAAGAAGAGAGAUCUGUAUGGCAUAAACCAGGUGAAGGAGAAUCAACAGAAAGAUGUAGAAUCAGAAAAGGCUUCUUCAAAGCCUUGGGAUUCCCACUUAGCAUUAGGAGUAUUUGAUUUCCCAUGGCUGAAAGAUGGUGUCAUGUCCAAAACAGAAGACUGCUUCUUGGACUUUGACGACAAAUUCUCAUCGUCUCUAGAACAUCAAGAUGGUGGUUUCAAUUUCUCAGAAGCUUACUGUUACUCUGAAACUCCAGAAACAUCAAAGAAGGAGAUGGAGACUGUGUGGCAGCCAUUUGAGAGUGAUGGAUUGGAGAUUAAAGCAGAGGAUGUUGAUUGCAUUUGGAGCUCUGUCAUCAAUAAGAACAACCAUGAGGGGAAGCUUUUGAUGUAAGUAGUUUCUUCUUCCUGUCUUCUCCUGCAAUCUUCAUGAACUGUGGUGGAAUUUACAAGAUGGCAAAUCUGGGUUAGGUGUAUAUUGUCUAAUAUUAUUUCCCUAUAUACAUAUUUUUUUUCUUUCCCUUUCUUUUUGCCCUCUUAUUUGGGUAUGCAGCAACCAUUUUUGUUACGAGUUUCCUUGACUGAUAUUGUUCAAUAAAAAUUGAAUGGAAAUGUAUGUUGAUCAAUUGGAAAUUAUAGUAAUAAA